UCUCACUUGUGUGCCUUUGCUCAUCAAGAACUGCUAAAAAUUCGAUCAAACGACGACCCAUCUAUACCGCGAAUUAAAGAAAAAAUGUCUCACCAUCAUCAAUUGGCAGCAGCCUUCUUUUCAGUGGUUGUUCUGCUUCUAUGCUCCAGUCCUGUUAUUGGACGAUUUGGCCAACACGAUGGAGAUUUUAGAGAUGGGCAUGACCUGGGCCUUCAUGGCAAUGUUGUCGGCCAUCCAGGGCAUCGUCUCGAACGAGCGAUCGUACCCGAUUAUACUACUGCACGAAAGGCCCAUAUAAUCGGCAAAAACGAGAACGUCAUUUGUUUACCUCUAUCACCUGCCUUGCCACUGCCGGAAGACGAGGCUACAUUCACGUUCGGCCAGGCAAACAUUCACGGAUGGGCAAUCUUCUAUCAAAGCAAAUAUUCUGUAGCAUUUGUUAAACCAAAAUGUGUCGUUCCAGGACACGUACUGGUGAUGCCAUUAAAAUCAACUAAACGUAUCCUCGACAUGCAGCCGGAAGAGCUAGCAGAUUUAUUUUUAACCGCACAACACGUUCAACGUGGCAUGGAACUUUUCCACGGGGUUUCUUCCUCCAUGAUCGCCGUGCAAGAUGGACCAGAUGCUGGACAAAGCAUUCAACACGUGCACGUUCAUAUCAUGCCUCGACGGCCAAAUGACUUCAAGGUAAACGACGAAGUCUACGACGAGCUGAAUAAACGCGAUGAGGAACCCUCCGCCGGCUGGCGUACGAAAGAGGAAAUGAAGAAAGAAGCCGAUGAACUUCGUCAAUUUUUUCAGUCACUUUAAUUUCAACAAUUCAAUGGUUGACUUGCUGUAGCUGUAGAAAGGCAGCUGUCUCUAAUGAAACGAUUUAGCCAUCGUUA